UCCUGUCGAAGAGAGAAAAAUUAUAAUUGGUUAGCGCAACCAGUCGAGGAGCUGUUGAUUGUAGAUUGAUGAUGAUCAGUUUUAUACAAUUGGGUGACCAUCGACAACGAAGCUGGUAGUGAAACUCGGGAAAUCGUGCUUUAGACUGUGAAAAAAAUACCAUGCUAAUAGAGUGAUGUACAAAGAAUCAUCUAGUGUGGAAUCGGAACCUGAAGAAUUAAAAUUUAAUCAAGAUUCUACAUGCUAAAUAGACUCAGUGUAUAGUACAAGUACAAAUCUAGUGAAGCCAUCCUACUGAUAAUGCGAAACCCUUCGGUAGCGGCUUGAACAUUCGGUGACUUGAUGGCCUGUAUCACCUGACCAGAGCGAGUCUGAGGGAGACUCCGCAAAAGCGGGUCGGAAAACAAUAAUUGAAUGCGAAGACUAAGAUUACGUGUUGUAAGUGGUCCUUGAAAUGGAGUCGUUAAGGUGAAGAAGAAUAGUGCCACAGGCAAAAUCACGCGUUAAACGGGAUCUGACCACCAUGGACCAGGAAGGCAUCGUGAUCGAGAGUGCCACCAGUCUAAUCAAAUGCUGCAAGCUUCCUCGAUUAACCCGUAGCAUCGAUGAGACUCAACUCCAUGAGGCUUCGUUUCGAGAAUUUCUGAUAGUCUUAGACGAUACCCUGCCAAAAGUGUUUGAUCUGAUGUCGCAGUACGAAAACCAACUACUGGCACACGAUCAGUUCAACCAGGAUAACUUGGAGUUUCGAUUGACGCUAGUUCUGGUAAUCGCAGAACAACACUGCGAAGUCGGUGAAUCGUACGAGUUUCAAACGCAAAACCGGCUCUAUCGCGAACGGUUGAAUCAAAUAUACGAAGGUCAGCUGGAGCAGCUACUCACUGGAAACGGAGGUACCCGGUUACAGAUUCGAUUAUGGGAACACUACGAGCGGGUUCUGCGAGGGAAAGAAUGGAUGUUUUAUCCGGGAGAUGUAAUCAGUUUCAUCAGAGUUUGUGAGUUCUUGCAUGGAUGGAGGCUGGAAAAGGUUCCUGAAUUGACACAAUCAGUAGCUUCGUUCAUGCUGUCGGUUGGGAUUUCUCUGGUCGAGUACCAUGAUCCGGAAUAUCAACUAUUUGGGUUGAGGUUGUUCAAUGUACUGCUCAACGAUCAGCAUAGAACGAUGCUGAAAGAAACCAACAUUCAUCAAGUGGUGUUUCAGAAUGCGUUUCGACUUAACGCAAAGGCGAAGACUGAACGUUUCCUGGCGGAGCUCUGGCGGUGCCAUUUCCAAUACGUUGAAAUUGCAGAAUCGGAACGAAAAAGUUUUUGUGAGUGGUCUAAAUUCGACGACAUCGUGGAAGCUCUGCUGGACGCGUUGGCCUUUGAAGGAAAUCUCGAUCUAUCAUCCGUGCUACUUCUUAACCUGCUGAAACUGUUGGCACUGGAUCUACCCAAUUUCCGAAUCGAUGAUUUGGAUGAUGUCCAAGCUGUGGACAGUCGAAGUCACCUGUACGAACCGGUGCUGGAACAGUUGAGGAAGUACUGUGCGUUGGAAUUUUACAAUCGGCGGUUCUACCGCUGGCAUAAACGACUUAUUUCAAUGCUACCCUACGAGUUAGAAAAGUCUUGCGGUAGUAGCCGGGCACAUGGAAAGUACAUGCAUGGCGUCAACUUACUGUUUGUACUGGUCGCAUUCCCAAUCGAGCCAAAAGCGGUUAGUUUAUUGUCGGAAGUGCAAACAGCGCUUCUUGAUUUUAUCAUCGCUUUUAAACGGCAUAUGCGUGAUCAGUACGCCAGAAUUCAAGCCUCGACAGGAAAAUGCGAUUUCCUUCAUUCUUUAAAGGCCUCGGUUUCGUGUGACAAAUCGAUUGCAGUUUUCGCUAAGAAUGUUGCCAGUAAAUACUUUGAGGAGAAUUCAGGUUUCUGGAGUGCGAUCGGUUUUAGCGAAAAGGAUGAGGCCUACCAGGAGGACAGAAUAUUUUACGAAUGCUUGAAGGAGUUACAAAGCAGAACGUAAAAGUAUAGAAGGCAUUACAAAUAAACAAAUAUAAGGUUGA